AUGAAGGGGAUUCCCAACAGUUUGGACACCCUGCUGUGGGUCUACCACUUCCACAGCUCCACCGAGGUGGCCUUACAGCCUCCACUUCUAUCUUCCCUGGAUCUUGCUGUGGCCGCAGCUCACGAAUAUCUGGCGCAAAGGUUCAGAGAGCUUAAGUCCCAGGAUCCGCUGGAGUCGGACAAGCCGCUCACCCAGAAAGCCACCUUAGGACUGGUGCUAAGAGAAGCCGCAGCCAGCGUUAUGAGCUUUGGAGCCACCUUGUUGGAGAUCUCGGCCCUGUGGCUGCAGCAGGAGGUGCAGCGACUGGACAGUGGCAACAGCUACCCAGGCUCAGCCCAGGACACUGGGGAUCCUGGUAGAGCGCUGGCCCGUGUAGCCCUGGCCGCAGGGCAGGGGAUUCGGCAAGCUGGAGCAGCAGCUGGUGCAAGUGCUCAGUACCUGAUCCAGGGGGCGUGGUUGUACCUGUGUGGACGAGGUUUGCAAUGGUCUACCUCAUCCCUGAAACAAACCCUACACCAACUGGGCCUUGGGGUCCCUGGGGAUCCGAGAUACUCGGGAAUCCUCAAGGUGUCGUCCAGCAGCAGUGAGGAGAAUGGGGGAACAGAUAAUCCAUCACUGUCCCAGUCCAACCCUGUGUCCAAAUAAAAGUCCACGACGGGA